GUGAGUUCAUUUUAGGAGCCAGUGAGUACAUGGUACACCAUCAGAGUUCAGGAUUUGAUAUGAUCAGACAUUACACGAAACACGAGUCAACAUUUUCCAGCAUUUUGAGUCAGCAUUUCGCAGUGAGUUUAUUGUAGGUGCAUGUUUCCUAGAUGUACAUUCGGAUAAGUGUUUUCUGCCAUUUCUCGGCCAAAGUCACGAGCUAAACCGACUCACUCUGCAGAAGACGCAGUGUCUUGGGUAAGUCAGCGGGACAUCUUUAAGCUUUAAACUUUGACUUUUCUCCAUCCAAGCAGCAAUAAUUGAUAUCCCAUGCCACAAUUUCUCUCCCGGUAGUUUUUGGUGUCAUUUUUAUUCCAGAAAAAAUGGGUUCUCUGAGGAGCGAGACAGUCUCUGGCGGAUCAAAUGAAGCUAUUCUAUACGUCAAUGGGAUCCGACGAGUACUGCCUGAUGGUUUGGCCCACUUGACACUUCUUGAGUAUCUAAGGGAUAUUGCUCUGACUGGGACAAAGCUAGGCUGCGGUGAAGGUGGUUGUGGGGCAUGCACAGUAAUGGUCUCUUGUUAUGAUUUGAACUCAAAGGAAUGCAUGCAUCAUGCGAUUAAUGCAUGCUUGGCUCCUCUAUAUUCAGUAGAAGGGAUGCAUGUCAUUACUGUAGAAGGAGUUGGGAAUAUCAGGCAUGGCUUGCAUCCAAUCCAGGAAUCAUUAGCCCGUGCUCAUGGCUCACAAUGUGGGUUUUGUACUCCGGGUUUCAUUAUGUCCAUGUAUGCACUGUUAAGAUCAUCUCAAGAACCUCCUACUGAAGAGCAGAUUGAAGAAAGCCUUGCAGGAAAUUUAUGUAGAUGCACUGGUUACAGACCUAUAAUGGAUGCAUUUCGAGUAUUUUCCAAAACUAAUGAUGCUAUGUACACCAAUGGAUUAUCAGGAGGUGAUUCAGAGUUUCUUUGUCCUUCAACAGGUAAGCCGUGUUCAUGUGGUUCAAAAGAUGGACGUGAGGAACAGAACAGUAAACACACAAGUGAUGGUUGUGGCUUGAGACCAAUAUCUUAUAGUGAGAUUGAUGGAACUGCUUACACCAAGAAAGAGCUCAUUUUCCCUCCUGAACUUCUAUUGAGGAAAAUGUCAUCUUUGAGAUUGAGUGGGUCAAAUGGAUUAAGGUGGUAUAGACCCUUGAAACUUCAAGAGAUGUUAGAUCUUAAGGAAAGAUACCCAAAUGCAAAACUCGUGGUAGGUAAUUCAGAGGUUGGGAUUGAAAUGAGACUAAAAAGAAUACAAUAUCCUGUUUUAAUCUCUGUUGGUCACAUUCCUGAAUUGAAUAAGUUAACCGUUGAAAAUGGCGGCAUAACAGUAGGUGCUGCAGUUAAGCUUUCACAGCUUGUUAAAUUACUAAAAAGGGCUUGUACUGAGCGAGAUCCAUAUGAAACUUCUUCAUGUAGAGCUCUCAUGGAGCAGAUAAAGUGGUUUGCUGGAACACAAAUACGGAAUGUUGCAUCGGUUGGAGGGAACAUCUGCACUGCCAGUCCAAUAUCAGACUUAAAUCCUCUUUGGAUGGCUGCUGGAGCAAAACUGCAAAUCAUAGACUGCAAGGGAAAUAUCAGAUGGUCAUUGGCUGAAAAUUUCUUUCUGGGUUAUCGCAAAGUGGACCUGGCAAGCAAUGAAGUUUUGUUAUCUGUGUUUUUACCAUGGAGUAGACCGUUUGAGUUUGUGAAAGAAUUCAAGCAAGCUCACAGGAGGGAUGAUGAUAUUGCAAUUGUCAAUGCAGGGAUGCGUGUUUUUCUUGAAAGGAGGAAAGAGAACUGGGUUGUUGUAGAGGCAUCACUUGUAUAUGGGGGGGUUGCUCCUCUUUCUUUUUCUGCAUCUAAAACAAGAGAUCUAUUAAUUGGGAAAAAUUGGGACAAAGAGCUGUUGAAGAGCGCUUUAGAAUCUUUGAAAGAGGAAAUCGUGCUGAAGGAAAAUGCACCUGGUGGAAUGGUUGAAUUUCGUAAAUCUUUAACCCUUAGUUUCUUCUUUAAAUUUUUCUUGUGGAUUUGUCAUCAAAUGGAUGGAGAAAACUUCGAGAGGAUGCCAUCAUCUCAUUUGUCAGCUAUUGAGCCAUUAAGGAGACCAUCAUUGAAUGCAAUUCAGGAUUUUGAAAUUAGGAAGCAUGGGACUUCUGUAGGCUCUCCUGAAGUUCAUCUUUCAUCACGGCUGCAGGUUUCAGGGGAGGCAGAGUAUACUGAUGACAUGCCCAUGCCUCCAAAUAGUUUACACGCCGCUCCCUUAUUGAGUAAAAAACCGCAUGCACGCAUACUUUCAAUAGACGAUUCAGAGGCUAAGGCCUUUCCUGGAUUUGCUGGAAUAUUUUAUGCCAAAGAUGUUCCAUGUAACAACAUGAUUGGGCCAGUUAUAGAGGAUGAAGAACUUUUUGCAGUGGAAUAUGUUACUUGUGUAGGUCAGGUCAUUGGAGUGGUUGUUGCCGACACUCACGAAAAUGCAAAGCUUGCGGCUGGAAAGGUUCGUGUUGAGUAUGAAGAUCUGCCCGCAAUUCUAUCAAUAAAGGAUGCUCUCAAAGCCAAUAGUUUUCAUCCAAACACCGAAAGGUGUUUGAUAAAGGGGGAUGUUGACCAAUGUUUUCAAUCAGGUCAGUGUGAUAAGGUUAUUGAAGGAGAAGUUCAUGUUGGUGGUCAGGAACACUUUUACUUGGAGCCUCAAAGUACUCUAAUAUGGCCAGUGGACGGUGGUCAUGAGGUGCACAUGAUCUCAUCUACACAGGCUCUUCAGAAACAUCAGAAGUAUGUUUCUCAUGUUUUGGGUCUUCCAAUGUCUAAAGUGGUUUGUAAGACCAAAAGAAUAGGUGGUGGAUUUGGAGGCAAGGAAACUAGAUCUGCUUUUGUGGCUGCUGUAGCUGCUGUUCCUUCAUACCUUUUGAAUCGUCCAGUAAAAAUUACAUUGGACCGAGAUGUGGAUAUGAUGAUAACUGGACAGCGACAUAGCUUCCUUGGGAAGUAUAGGGUAGGCUUUAAGAAUGACGGGAAGGUUCUUGCAUUGGAUCUUGAAAUCUACAAUAAUGCUGGAAACUCACUUGAUCUAUCAUUAGCCAUACUUGAACGGGCUAUGUUCCAUUCAGACAAUGUCUAUGAGAUACCAAAUAUCAGAGUUAUUGGAAGAGUCUGCUUCACUAACUUUCCCAGUAAUACAGCUUUUAGAGGGUUUGGAGGUCCACAGGGUAUGCUGAUAACUGAAAAUUGGAUUGAAAGAGUUGCAGUGGAGGUUAAGAAAACUCCUGAAGAAAUUAGGGAGCUGAAUUUUCAUAGAGAAGGCACAGUCUUACACUAUAGCCAAAAGAUUGAAGAUUGUACCUUGGAACGUCUGUGGAAUGAAUUGAAGUCUUCAUGUGACUUUGGUAAUGCUCGUAAAGAUGUUGAAAAAUUCAAUUGUGGCAAUCGGUGGAAGAAGCGAGGAAUAUCCUUAAUUCCAACAAAAUUUGGGAUAUCUUUUACAACAAAGUUCAUGAAUCAGGUAACUAGCCAGAUUUUGAUAGGCUAUCAUCGUUAUAUCAGGAGAUCGUCAUCAUCAUCAUCACCACCUUAAUCACAUUCAGGUUGGGGUCGUUGCGAUAAUAACCUUCUUUGGAAUGGGCAGGUGCACUUGUUCAAGUCUACACAGAUGGAACCGUAUUGGUUACUCAUGGAGGUGUGGAGAUGGGGCAAGGUUUGCACACAAAAGUUGCUCAGAUUGCUGCAUCUUCCUUUAACAUCCCACUUAGUGCAGUUUUUAUAUCAGAGACUAGUACAGACAAGGUUCCCAAUUCAUCAGCAACAGCAGCUUCUGCAAGCUCUGAUAUGUAUGGAGCUGCAGUUUUAGAUGCUUGUGAACAAAUAAAAGCAAGAAUGGAGCCAAUCACAUCCAAGCGUAAUUUCAACUCUUUCGGCGAGAUGGUGAUUGCAUGCUAUCUGGAGAGAGUAGACCUCUCUGCUCACGGAUUUUUCAUCACUCCUGAUAUCGGCUUUGACUGGAAAACUGGUCAAGGAACCCCAUUCAGAUACUUCACCUAUGGGGCUGCAUUUGCUGAAGUUGAAAUUGAUGCAUUAACAGGAGAUUUCCACACUAGGAGAGCAGAUGUUAUCUUGGAUCUUGGCUUCUCUCUUAAUCCUGCGAUUGAUAUUGGACAGAUCGAGGGAGCCUUUGUACAAGGAUUGGGCUGGGUGGCCUUAGAGGAGCUAAAAUGGGGGGAUCCAGCCCACAAAUGGAUUCCAUCUGGAUGUCUACUCACAUGUGGACCAGGAACGUACAAAAUCCCUUCUGUGAAUGAUGUUCCUUUCAAAUUCAAUGUUUCUCUUUUAAAAGACGCUCCAAAUACGAAGGCCAUCCAUUCCUCAAAAGCUGUAGGGGAGCCACCCUUCUUUCUUGCCUCAUCCGUAUUUUUUGCUAUUAAAGAUGCCAUUGCAUCAGCAAGAGCAGAAACUGGCUUUAAUGGUUGGUUUGUGCUCGAUAAUCCGGCCACACCUGAGCGGAUCCGCAUGGCUUGUCUGGAUGAGUUCACUAGUGCUUUCAUCAACACUGCGGAUUUUAGACCAAACUUGAGUGUGUGAUGUAUGUGAAGUGAUCAUAUCCCGUGGCGGGCCCAAAACUUUUCUGAAGCAGGGGCACUCCCGUACAGAUGGAAAUGGACGUUCAAGCAAUGGUCUGGUCGAAUCGGGUGUAUCAUUAGUCUUUUUUUCCAAGUGCGUUCAAAUUAUUAUUUUUAUCUGGAAAUAGAUUAUUCAAUGCCGAUUUCAAACAAUGGACAUAUAUGGAUUAUAAGUCUAAUUUUGAACUUAUUAAGACAAUUCUAAAUACGGAGUAAUAUAUAUGGUUUUUUGAAAGAAAGAUAUGAAUUUGGAUAAACAAUGAUUCAUCUUUGCGCCGUUUCUGAUUUUACAUUAGAAUUCUUGUUAUUUUUCAUACUAUAAAAUGAUCAAGAUUUCAUGUCUGAACUAGAAUCAUGUUGAAUGUUACACAUUGUGCCACAAAAUUUGUUGAUACUUUGUCUGGAAUAUAAUACUAUUG